AUGUCUUCACAUUCAACCCAAUCACACAACGCAAAAUUCGCAGUGCAGAACCUGUUUGACAUCUCGAACUGGGCUUGCAUCGUCACUGGGGGCGGCACUGGUAUCGGUUUGAUGAUAGCUCAGGCGUUCGCCAACAAUGGCGCUCGAGUCUACAUCACAUCGAGGCGAAAAUCCGUUCUCGAUAACGCGGUUAACACCUGGGGAAGCUCUCUUGCCCAUCCAAAAGGCCAGUUGAUUGCUCUCGAGUGCGAUAUCACGGACAAAAAAUCGAUCCAAAAACUCGUCGAGGAGGUAGAAGGGCGAGAGAAAAACAUCGACGUCUUGGUUAACAACGCCGGUAUCAGUCUUGGGACCAGCCAGGUAGAGAAGGGUGAUGAGAGUGCAAAACAACUCAGUGAGGAAUUGUUCGGGGAGGAUCUAGUCAAAUGGGAAGAUGUUUAUCGAACGAAUGUUAUUGGACAUUUCUUCACCACCGCCGCGUUCAUCCCCCUCCUUGCAGCAACCGCUACCGUUCAUCCUGGCCGUACCGCAGCGGUAAUCAACACCACGUCCAUGUCUGGUAUCACUAGAACGUCCCAACAUCACUUUAAAUACAAUGUCUCCAAAGGUGCGGCUAUCCAUCUUACCACCCUCCUUGCUCAGGAACUCCGUCGAGAUGGAGCGAAUGUCAGAGUGAACAAUAUCGCUCCGGGGAUCUUUCCUAGUGAAAUGACGACACAAGAGAGCGAUGAGGCGAACAAGUCUGAAAUUCCUACUGGAGACGAUUACGGUGAGAAGAAGGGUAUUCCUGCAGGAAGGCCAGGAAGGGAUGAAGAUAUAGCGCAGGCAGUUUUGAUGUUAGCGUGCAACCAGUACGCUUAUGGGCAGACAAUUGCAAUCGAUGGAGGGUAUCUUCUGCAUCACCCAUGA